AUGAGUUCCAAACGUAUUCUCGUGAUUGGCGGCACUGGAGCACAAGGCUUCGCAGUGGUCAAAGCACUUCUCAACGCAUCGCCCGCAUUUACUGUCCGAGUCCUCUCUCGUAACCCAGAUUCUCCACAUGUGCAGUCAACAUUCACGGGCCUGCCUGUCGAGUUUGUCAAAGGGUCAUUCAUGGACUUCGACACCGUCGAGGCAGCACUUCAAGAUUGUUAUGGUGUUUAUGUAAACACGGAUGGUUUCACCGUCAACGAGGCGGAUGAAUUAUGGGCGGGAGUGCGCAUCUUCGAAAUUGCCAAUCAGAUCCCAACACUUCGCCAUUUCGUGUAUGCAAGUAUCGACUACUACCUGCAGCUCACAGGUUUUAAUAAGAAGUAUGGUGCACAUCACACAAAUGGAAAAGGGCGUGUGAACUCCUACCUACAAUCCCAGGGCUCAUCGACAAGCGAGACUGGUCUGACAUGGACGAUCUUGAACACCGGAGCAUACGAUGAGGACCUCUUUGGCGGCCCUUUUGUCGCCCACAUUGAUCCUGAAGAUGGGACUCGUACCUUUGCCCUCCCACUCGGCGAAGGUCACAUUCCAUUCGAGACUCUGCAGGACAAUGGCAUCUUCGCUGUCAAGAUCUUCCAAGAUCGCGAGCGUUGGUCCGGUCAGACUUUGAAUGCUGCAUCGCACUUCACGACUGGCAAAGAACUGGCCGAGACAUUGGCCCGAGUGGCAAAUGUCAAGGCUGUGUACAAAAACGUUAGUAUCAAGGAAUGGGCCGAUGCACUCCCAUUUGCCGAUGCCCCUGUCGCAAGCAUGUAUCCUGAUGGGAUCACCGUCAGGGAGAACUUCACCAUGUGGUGGCCAGGGUUUCAAGACAGCAUUCUGAAGCCCACGAGAGACAUGGCUUUGUUGCGGGAGAUCAAUCCAGACUUGGAGACCCUGGAAGGAUGGAUGCGAAGAGUUGGAUAUGAUGGAACUGGGAAAGGAGUGCUGAAAGGUUGGAUUGAUGCUGGAAUUGGACCGAAGCCUUGA